AUGACCCACAAAAACACGACCGUCAUUCCUAACCCGAGAGUAGACACCACCCCUGUCAGGUUCAAUCUCGUGCAAUCGUUGGGCGACAUUUUGUACGUGUAUCUGUUUUUGAGGAAUUUAACCAUAAAAUCAGGAAGUGACCCAAACAGCGGACGCAACAUACUCGAUGCUGCCAGAUCUGAGGAAAUUACCGAUAAAACCGCAAAAAUAAAAUUCAACGAGGAUGGAGACAGACUGAUGUACUUUUACGUUUGGUCGUUGAGCUCCAACGCAAGUACAUACACACCCUACAUGGAGAUCAACCUGACGGCUGAUAACAAAUACUCGGUUGUUGGAUGUUUUGUUGUUUUAAUCAACUGGUAA